UGGAGCCUAGCAGGGAGGCCCCGUGUGCGCUACAGCCGGGACGGUGCUGAUACCAGGCCGCGCUGGAGGGGGAAGUGUCGGGACGCGCCCCCGAGGCUCUUCUGGGCUUUGCACGGGCCCCCAAGAAGCACGAGUAAUCACCAACGCGUGUUUGAAGGUGAUCAAGCUCCAGCUAUGGCAAAGGCAGUUUUCUGUGUCACUGAACGAGUAAUACAGCCCAGUGUGGCUAAGGACAGACCUGCCUGGCUCUCUGAGCAUGGUAGUGACAAGUUGUGGCUACUCAACAUCUCUUUCCCAGCCACUGGCUGCCAGAAGCUCAUUGAAGUGGAUGAUGAGCGCAAGCUGAGAACAUUCUAUGAGAAGCGGAUGGCCACGGAGGUUGCAGCUGAUUCUCUUGGUGAGGAGUGGAAGGGCUAUGUUGUCCGGAUCAGUGGUGGCAACGACAAACAAGGCUUCCCUAUGAAGCAAGGUGUCCUGACUCAUGGACGUGUCCGCCUUCUGCUCAGCAAGGGCCACUCCUGCUAUCGCCCCAGAAGAACUGGAGAGAGAAAACGCAAAUCUGUUCGCGGUUGCAUUGUUGAUGCCAACCUGAGUGUUCUGAACUUGGUCAUAGUGAAAAAGGGUGAAAAGGAUAUUCCUGGGCUGACAGACACAACUGUGCCCCGCCGUCUUGGUCCCAAGAGGGCUAGCAGAAUCCGCAAGCUGUUCAACCUGUCUAAGGAGGAUGAUGUUCGUCAGUAUGUUGUGAGGAAGCCUCUGAACAAAGAGGGCAAGAAACCAAGAACCAAGGCUCCUAAGAUCCAGCGACUAGUGACCCCUCGAGUUCUGCAACAUAAGCGCAGACGUAUUGCUCUGAAGAAGCAGCGCACUCAAAAGAAUAAGGAGGAGGCAGCAGAAUACGCGAAGCUCUUGGCCAAGAGAAUGAAGGAAGCCAAGGAGAAACGCCAGGAGCAGAUUGCGAAGAGACGCCGGCUUUCUUCAUUGAGAGCUUCUACGUCUAAGUCUGAGUCAAGUCAGAAGUAAAGAUGUACCUGAUACUAAAAAUAAACCCUUUUUGUGGUUAACUUUCAGUAUGAGACUUUCCAGUGCAUGUUGUUACUGGCCAUCUCUUACACAGUAGUCAAGACUAA